AGUGUAACAUCCGUACCGCACGUUCCCCCACGCGCGUUAAUUGUUUCAUCUCCGGUAAAGAAGUGAGCGGGACCCACGGAGCCCCACCAUGGAGCCGGACUCAUCCGACCCCAAUACGUCCAAAACCGACAUGCUGAGAGGAGUCAUCGCCGAGAAGCUCACCUUGGCCGCCCGGGAGAUCUUAGCGGUGGUGGAGAAGACUGUAGCCGACUACGAGGAGGAGGCUGUGGGUUUCAGGCAGGAGAUUGACCGGCAGAGGAGACUGCUGGAGCUCCUGCAGCCUGAAGUCAAGUUAGAGGCUUUAGAUGACCAGCAGCAGUUUUCCCUUUGUGAGGCUGGAGGAGGUCGACUACCAGAAGAUCAGGAGCAGCACAAAUAUGAGCAGAGGGUGGAGGACAGCCAAAGCCUGGGAUUCUCAGGCUACAGUGAGGAACAAAUAGAGGAAGACGAACAUGAAGAUGAGGAUGAGGAGGAGGAGGAGAUGGCACAGCAGUGUUAUGAAGCAGCACCACGGUUACAAGAUACAGACACACUGCUCGUGCCUUCCACGGUUCAGACUGACAGACGGAGAGCAGACAGACCUUGGAUCAGUGAAACGCAGAGUUUCGUGGACCUCAGGAUCCGCAUCCUGGACUCGAUGAUCGACGUGCUUUCAAAGAGGGUGUUUCAGAAGUACCCACUUCAUGAGCUGCAGUGUCGUCGUGGCCUUCAGGAGGCCGACUUCCUGCAUCUGCUUAGGUCAACCUUCCCCCAGCUGGCUGCUGAUGAACCUUUUGACGUUUUUAUAACUGACAACACCAGAAAGCUGCAGCCUCUGAAAAUAGACUUGUGGACUCCGGAGGCGAUCGAGAGGACCAUCAGGGCAAAUGGGAAUUCUGCCCUCUACAUCCGCCUGAAGAAUCAGCAGAGUUUAGAAGCUGAAGAGGAGCUUCAGCCAUUGCACGGAAAUAAAGCUGCUGCUGAGCACAUGAGGAAGAGGGUGGGCAGACCUGGGUUCAGGAAAACACAGACGCAUGUAAUGAUCAGAAUCCGCAUCCUGGGUAAAAUGAAGUCUGACGUGCUCUCAGCCAGAGUGUAUCAGAUGUGCCCGCUUCAUGAGCUAAUGUGCCCUCGGGGUCUACAGGAGGAUGACUUCGUGGACCUGCUGAGGUCCACCUUCCCUCAGCUGACUGCCGAUGAACCUUUUGACCUCUUUGUGAGUGACAAAAGCAGAAAACUGAAGCCUCUGAAAGUACGGUCACUGACGACGGAGGAGGUGGAGAGGGCUACGAGGACUUCUACGCUCUACAUCCGACUGAAGCCGUCGGAGGAGCUUCAAGCCUCAGCGAAACAGUUCCUGAGUGUAGGAGAUGUUUUAGCUGAAACUCUUCCAUUGACCCUAAAACCAACCAGAAAGAAACCCGGAGUACAGUCUGCUAGGAGGAAACCUACCAAAUCUGAGCUCAGUGACCCAUUCACACAUGUGGAUUUCAGGGUCCGGAUCCUGGAGGACCCUCUGAUGGAGGUGCUCACACCCCAAGUGUUUCUGAAAAGCCGCAUUCAGGAGCUGCGGUGUCCUUAUGAUCUACAGGAGGCUGAUUUCCUGGACCAGCUGAGGUCUGCCAUCCCUCAGCUGGCUGCAGGUAAACCUUUUGACAUCCUCACUGCUGACAAAAGCCGGGUACUGCAGCCACUGAGUGUGGACACGCUGACACCGGCGGAGAUCCACAGAGCCAUCACCUUAAGGAGAAACACUACUCUCUUCGUCCGACUGAAGGGAGCCGGUCCGUCCACCCCAAAUCCAACCAGACUGGACACCAGAGUUCAGUCUGACAAGAAGAGCCUGGGCAAGCCUCAGCUCAGUCGAUCAGACUCCCACGUAGAUCUGAAGGUCCGCAUCCUAGAGGACUCUCAGAUGGAGGUGGUCGCACCCCAAGUAUUUCAGAACUACCCACUUCACAAACUGCGGUGUCACCGCAGCCUGCAGGAGGACGACUUUCUGGAACUGCUGAGGUCCACCUUCCCUCAGCUGGCUGCUAACGUACCUUUUGACAUCCUCACGGUUGACAAAAACAGGAAACUGCAACCUCUGAAUGUGGAGUCACUGACUCCAGAGCAGGUCUACAAGGCCAUUGAUUCAUCAAGGAUCAAUACCCUCUUCAUUCGACUGAAGGCACCAGAGAAAGUCCAGGUUGGUGCGAGGAAGCUUGAACACCUGCAGAAAAAAGUGGACACAGCUACAGAGUCGUCAUUUUUCCCUGAACAAACUGUGAUGCAUGGGAGGGAUCAGUCCGACAGGAGGAAGCCUGGUAGGCCUCGGAUUAGCCAAUCAAGCUCCCAUGUAGAUCUCAGGAUCCGCUUUGUGCAGGACUGGGAUGUCAAUGUGAUUUCACCUAAAGUGUAUAAUAAGUACCCGCUUCAUCACCUGAAGUAUCCUCGAGGCCUGCAGGAGGCCGACUUUGUGGAACUGCUGAAGUCCACUUUCCCUCAGCUGGCUGCUGAUAAACCUUUUGACGUCCUCACAGCUGACAGGAACAGAAGACUGCAGCCUCUAAAAGUAGAGCUAUUGACUCCAGAGGAGCUGUACAGAGCCAUCAAGGCGAGUGGGAGCAUUGUCCUCUUCGUUCGACUCAAGGCACCUGAGGGAGUCCAGACUAGCGCGAAAAAGCUUGACCUACAGAGAAAAGUUGACGGCACUGAAGAGUCUCCGUCCUUUACCGAGCAAACUGGGCUGCACAUGGGAAGCCCUCAUCAACCGGAAGAAAAUCCAGUGAACAUUUUCUCAAACAGCUCAACAUCACGUCACAAAGAUGUGGAGCUGAAGGAAUCUGAGGGUGGUUUGGAGUACACUGGUCUCUCGACCUUGCAAUCUUUAAUACUUUAUGAACACAACGAGUUGAGUGAUGGGCUUCCCAAUGAGAAACCAAACAUAACCAAUGAUCAUCUGGUGAACGGUGAACCCGAGAAGACGAAAGGGAAUCGACGAGUCAAACAUUCAGUCAUCCGAAUAAAGAAGGCAAAGCAGAAAAUGUUGAUUCACAACAGCGAGGCUCUGCUGUCCUGUAAAGUCUGCCAGAUUUUACGUGGGUCGACAAACAUGCUGAUCAAACACGCCUGGAGUCAUGUGGACGAGCGAGAAAGGCUCUGUGGAGUGUGUGGAGAGCAGUCAGUGUCUGCAGAGCAGCUCAGGAGUCAUCUUCAGACUCACCAGAAAACGCACACCUGCAACAUCUGCGGGAAGUCCUUCCUCACCGUCGUUGGCUACAGGGGUCACCUCGCUCGACACAAGGGAAACACGCCGUACAAAUGUAGAACCUGCCACAAAGCGUUCCCUGAGAAGUGGGUGCUGAAGAACCAUGAGUCCCGGGUCCAUGCAGUGGAUAAGCCACACAGAAAAAACUUUUCCAAGUUGAAGCUCAAACUUCACCGGCCGACCAAUCAUGCGGGGGGGAAGCCACACAGCUGCAAUGUGUGUGGGAAGCGCUUCCGCCACCUGGAUACUUUGUCUCAACAUGUGGCACUUCACUCGGGUAGCACGGCAGCCACAGACAGACGGAUCCAUACAAAGAACCACAGCAGGGAGAGGUUGUUCGCUUGCGAUAAAUGCAACAAGAAGUUCUUUCACAAGUCAAACGUGGUGACUCACAUGAGAGUCCAUACUGGAGAGAAGCCUUACAAGUGCACACACUGUGGGAAAGGUUUCAGCCAGGGCCACUGUGUGAGAAGACACCUCCUGAUCCACCAGAAGAAGUACCACCAACAAACAGAGCAGCUUAGUAGGGUUGAAACUGAAGACAGUUAUGCUAAGGUGGACAGCAUGCCCUCUCCCCAAAAAUGAAACUAAAAUGUGGUGGGUGUGUACAGUAGUGACCCAGAGGGGGAAAGAUGUGCCUCACCCUCAAUACCAACCGAUCUCUGGGGAAAGUUAGCUUAUAGGUUUCUAGAUAGUUAGAAGGUGAGUGUUCAAGACGGCCCAGACGGUAGCGGCUGAAGUUCAAGGGAUGACAGUGGUUCCUGAUAACGUCACCAAUGUAAGAGGGUACCAUCCAGUUAUUUCAUGUUUUCUUUCACUUUUUAACAGUGGGCUGCUUUUUUUAUUCUUACUUAAACUAAUGGUUACGUUCAGUGUUCUUCACAAUGUCAGAAAGGCAACUUCUCAGGAUCAGCUGAGGCCUUCGAAUGCCUUGAUUUGUUCAGACCAAAACUCUGAGACCCAAAGGUUAUUCAGUUUACAAACAAAGUAAAUAUUGAGUAUUUUUUGUGUUUACCAAUAAAACUAGUGCUCUUAAAGCAGGUAGGGCAUUAUCUUUUUUGGCCAGUAUUAGAUAUUUGCCAGUAAAUGAAAAUUUAAAAUAAAGAAAUAAGUACAUUAGUAAGUACACAUAACAAAUGUUAUGUUUCGUGUUUCAAGUGGAAAAAUAAAAAAUAUCACCUGAGAUAUUAGAAUAUCAGUUACCGGUAUCCUUCUUAAAACUCCAGUAUUGGUCAGGUUCUAAAAGUAACUUUUUGCAUGUAGUGUCCACAAAUUUUCCAAGUUCCUUCACUAUGGUUUUUUGUUUUCGACAAAGAUUCAGCAUAUUAAGGCGUGUUUAUGCUGCUAUAUGCUAGCAGCAAUGUGGCAAAGGAAUAUCAAAGAAAACAAAAUAAUGGUUAGCGACUCAAAGGUUAGAAGAACUAAAAUGUAAGGUUACUAUGGUAAACAAAGCCUAGCUUCCUUUUUUUGGGAUAUAAUUUGAGCUGGAGGAACCUUUAGUCCUUGGAAAGAUCCUGGACAUUGAAGCUUAAUUAGCAGUACUGCGCUGAACCUGCACUGGCGUUUACCUGCACUUGUGAAACUGAGUUGAUUGUGAUAAACCAGGAGCUGUUAAAUCUUGACCAGCAGUUACUUUGAAACUGGGGAAGGACAAAAAGACUUCAAAACUGACUGAGUCUACACAUGAACUGCCAGAGCUGUGAAAAUGGGAGGAAAAAAAGGUACAUUUCCAACUAUUGUGUCAGCAUAACUAGCGUUUACGGAAGUCAUGCUAAUCAGUAGUCCACCAAAUGUUAUUAGUUACAUUUCUUGAGAAUGAACAUGGUGCAGAUUUAACUCAGUACUACAAACAAAGCGUAAUGGUACAGGGAAAUUAGUGUUUCUGUGACUUUUGGACGGAAGUAAUGGAUUGAUGCUAAUCUGCAGGAAAUGUUAAAUAUUUUUCAUACACAUUCAGAUGAUCUUGUUCUCUGUUUGCACUUUUUUUUUUUCGAUUUACAUAUUCUUUUAAAAAAAGUACCUCUGUGCCCUAAAGAUUACAUUAUCUCAUUGUCAACAACCCCCCUGAAAAAAAAAUCAUAGUUGUAACUCUAGCUGUCCUGUUUUUACUACAUGUAGACCCCAGGAUUAAUGAUAACUAUAGUAUCGCAAUAGAUUACAAGUUUAGGGAAUGAUACUUUACAAAAAGCACUAUCCAUAUAGUGUUCCUUAGCAGUCUAAUUGGUAAAUGGACUGGUUCUUAUGUAGUGCUUUUCUAUUCUGAGCACUCAAAGCGCUUUACACAACUUGUACAU